UCCGGUUCCGGCGGGGCCGGCGCCGUUUCCGGCUGGCGCGGGCCGGGCGGCGGGGAUGGCGCGGAGCACGCUCUCGUCCCGCUUCCGCCGCCUCGACAUCGACCAGUACGACGAGAACCGCUUCGUGGAGGAGCCCGAGGAGGCGGCGGCGGCCGAGCCCGAUGCCAGCCCCGAGGUGGAAGCGCUGCUCAGGCAAGGCGAGGCGCUCCGCGCCUUCCACACCGCCAUCCGCAGCUCCCCGGGCCACAGCAGGAACGCGGCGCUGAAGGAGCAGGCCCAGGGAACGAUGCUUAAAGUCCUCACAUCUUUUAAAAGCAGUGAAAUAGAACAAGCGGUGAAUUCCUUAGACAGAAACGGUGUUGAUUUGUUAAUGAAGUACAUUUAUAAAGGAUUUGAAAAGCCAACAGAAAACAGCAGUGCAAUAUUACUUCAGUGGCAUGAAAAGGCACUGGCAGUAGGAGGCCUGGGCUCCAUAAUAAGAGUUCUCACAGCAAGAAAGACUGUGUAAAGACUGUUAACUUGGACAGAGGUGACGGUCAGGUUUGGACUCAGAAGAAGGAAUGAGCUGAAAUUACACUGGUCCAUCUUUAUUAGAGAUUGCAAUCUACUGAAAUCCUACAGUAACCUCCUCUUGGAAUGCUUUUAACCUUAAAGGUGGGGGAAGAGUAAAGGUAUUCCUGCAUAUUCCGACUAUCACAUACAGGAGCCAAGACAUUCUCCUGCUCCCUUCUCUGACAGGCAGAGAGAAGGCACACUCCUGCCUCCUAUUACUGUAAGUGAACAGGUAUUUCAGACGCUGCUUUAGCCAGGUGUGGUGAUACAAGCUCCCGUGUGUCCUGCUUAGUCCCAAGGUAGCUGUGUCCAGGCUGAGGUCCUGCAGCUGAGGGUGGGAGAAGGGCUCUUAGAACGGCGGCUGUGAACAUGUGGGUGAAGGACUCUUGGACUCUGGGGUUGGGUUAAUGUAAAGUGAAGUGCCUGCUGCAUCAAUAAAGUUCUUGGAUCACGCGA